GUCUCCGGUAUGGACACAAGCUUCACGGCAGAACUUUUCACAGGAGAUUUUAUCGCUGUUGUUUUCCAUCUGACACGGCUCGUAUCACUCGGAGAUGGAUUUCUGAACGGAAUAAGCCGAAGCUGAGCCCGACUCUAGUUAAAUCUCUCAUUUGAAAUCGUUUUUUGUGUGUUGUUUGAGUUGUUAAAGGAAGAGGGGAAAAUGCCAGUUGCAACUCUUCUGCCUUUUACCGCGACCCCGAAUAGGAAGUCUGCCAGCCCGACUUCUUUCAGGUUGACAGAGAAAUUUAUUUUGUUAUUAGUGUUCAGCGCUUUUAUAACCCUGUGUUUCGGGGCAAUUUUCUUCCUUCCGGACUCCUCCAAGCUGCUCAGCGGAGUUUUCUUUCAUUCCUCCGCGGUCGAGACGAACACCCACACCGGUCCGGACAGCAGCGACGCGGGUUCGGCUGGAAACGACGACAGGCUCCUGGCAAAAAUCAAGAAAGACCACGAAAAGGCUCUGUUAGAGGCUAAGGAUACUCUACAAAAACUUCCCGACGUGAUACAAAAUGACAUUCUAGCUGAUAAAGCGAAAGUUACAAAGGAGAGCAUGGGUAAAGGUGGGAAGGAUGGCAAUAAUUUACCUUUCAUAGAGUACCACCGCCCGCCAGGGGCGACGGGACUAGAACCCCAGGACCCAGAAACCAGGGAGAGACGGGCUAAAAUCAAGGAGAUGAUGAAGCAUGCGUGGGACAGCUACAAGCGGUACGCCUGGGGUUCCAAUGAGCUCAGGCCCGUCUCCAAGCAAGGCCACUCCAGCAAUCUAUUUGGAAGUAUAAAAGGAGCGACAAUAGUGGAUGCUUUGGAUACCCUCUACAUCAUGGAGAUGUUUGAAGAGUUUGAUGCUGCUACUGACUGGGUGGAAAAGAGCCUUGACUUCAACGUGAAUGCAGAAGUGUCGGUGUUUGAGGUGAACAUCAGAUUUGUUGGAGGUCUGCUGUCCGCCUACUACUUGUCUGGAAAAGAGGUGUUUCGCAGAAAGGCAGUGGAGUUGGGCGAGAAGCUGCUGCCUGCAUUCAAAACGCCCACCGGCAUCCCCUGGGCUCUGCUUAACCUCAAGAGUGGUAUCGGUAGGAACUGGCCAUGGGCAUCGGGUGGUAGCAGCAUCCUGGCAGAGUAUGGCACCCUGCAUCUGGAGUUUAUGCACCUCAGCAGACUCUCAGGAAAUCCAGAGUUUGCUCAGAAGGUAAUGAACAUCCGUAAAGUACUCAAUCGCCUGGAAAAACCUCAGGGGCUGUACCCCAACUACCUGAACCCCAACAGUGGACAGUGGGGCCAACAUCACGUGUCCGUGGGUGGCCUGGGUGACAGUUUCUAUGAGUACCUGCUCAAGGCCUGGCUGAUGUCUGACAAGACUGAUGAGGAAGGCAAGAAGAUGUACUACGAUGCCCUGCAGGCAAUAGAAACCAACCUGAUGAGGAAGUCCACCAAUGGGCUGACCUACAUAGCGGAGUGGAAGGGGGGGCUUCUGGAGCAUAAGAUGGGCCACCUGACCUGUUUUGCAGGCGGCAUGAUCGCUCUGGGUGCUGAUGGGGCGCCCGGUGACAAGACGGGCCACCAGAUGGAGCAGGCAGCAGAGAUCGCUCGCACCUGUCACGAGUCUUAUGCCAGGACAACUUUGAAACUCGGACCAGAGGCGUUCCGUUUCGAUGGCGGCGUUGAGGCCAUCGCCACCCGCCAGAACGAGAAGUAUUUCAUCCUCCGUCCUGAGGUCAUCGAGACCUACAUGUACAUGUGGAGGUUUACCCAUGACCCCAAAUACAGAGAGUGGGGCUGGGAGGCUGUACAGGCCUUGGAGCAGCACUGUAGAGUCGAAGGAGGCUACAGCGGCGUCAGAGAUGUCUACGCUUCAUCUCCAAACUACGACGACGUGCAGCAGAGCUUCUACUUGGCCGAGACGCUCAAGUAUCUCUACCUGCUCUUCUCUGAGGAUGACCACCUACCAUUUGAACACUGGGUCUUCAAUACCGAGGCUCACCCCCUGCCCGUCAUAAGGAAGGAUAAAACGGACAGACCCAACGAAGUGGAGUAACGGACCUGCCUGCACCGACGCCCAGAAACAUGUGUGAGAACCUCGAUCCUGUAUACUGAGCCUCCAGCUGUCUGAAACUGUUGAGCCGCUUGGAGCCCUGAGUGGUUACAGAUCAGACUUCACCUGAUAUUGUUGAUGGGCUCAAAACUGAACCCACUUGUGCUGGAGCCGGGUUCUCGCUGGAGACUCCAGGGGUUUUUUUUGUUUUGUUUUCCUUCACUUGAUUUUCUUUUUUCUUCUUCUCUGGUUGAGUCCAAAGGCUGACCCAAAGCAACAUAUGUACUGCUGAAUAACAUGAUAGCUCAUCAAAAUGUAGACAUAAUAAUUUGAAUCAAGAGCUAAAGAAAAAAAAAGGCUGUUUAUUUCACUCCUCGGUUUGACUUCCUUCGCUUUUCUGUUCAUUUGGAGGGACAGUGUGACCAGCUAUCACUUUAUUCAUCAGUUUAAUUGUUGCUAGUAGCCAUUUUUGAUGAGGAGGAGGACGCUGACAGUCAUUCACCACUGAUAUGAACUACCAUGGACCCCGAGUGUUUGGGCACCACACCAAGGAAAAGCUCCCUACUGAGGAUCACAAGGCUGACUGGCUGCGUGAACGGACGCUCAAUUCCCUUCACAUGUGUCGUCUUUUACCUGCUGCUCUACCACAACAACAUCUGAAUAGGAACUAGGAACCGGUCUUUCCUGCGCCGACUCAAGUGUUUCAUAGUGUCGUCAGAGAACCGCUGGUUUUCUUAAAAAAAAAAAGAAAAAAAGGAAAGACGCAGCACAACCCGAGCCUCUUUUUAUAAACCUAACCGACUCUGCUUCCUCCUUCCUUUCUCUUGAGUUGGAUGUGACAAAUGACGACCAGCCGCACCAGCUCAUUACCUGCCAGUAACUCCACUUUCUCCCCACGAUGUUUACACAAAGCCAUCCUCCUCCUUCUUCUUCUGCUUUUCAUCUGCAUCGUUGACCUGCUUUUAGAUUUCUUUCUCCUUCUCAUAUGUGCUCUGGGGGUUCGACCAGCACAGGGAUUUUAAAAACUGAAUCAGAAUUCAUUCGAGAGUUUUUCUCCAUUUACUGAAAAAAAAAAUACACAUUUUUUCUUUCUUCCUUUCUGGAAAGGAACAAAUUCACAGCCUAUGAUUACAGGCUUUUAAACACUGAAAAGAGCAUGAACCAAAAGAAAAAAAGGAACAUUUGCCUCAGUCUGAUGGAGCGUUCAACCACUUUUCACAGUCUUACUCCAAAGAUGAUGUCUGCACGGCUGUAAUGGAGCAUGGAGAUUAGUUGGAGUGCGGAUGAAAGCUGUAGAAAGAACUAGGUACUGAUUAGGUCUUGACAUUCAACAGAAAUCUUCUGAAAAUGCUAAUAUCCUCACAAUUGACCAUGUGUAUGCAUUAAAAAUUUAGCUUCCAGGCUCUCUACAAGAGGAAACUGAUUUAUUACAGUCCUCUGUUAUCCUUGUGCAUCGGUCGAGCCCUCGUCCUCUUCUUCACCGCGGUGUUGCUUCUUCUUGUUUCCGUCCUCCAGGUCCGCGUAGGGCAGCCUGUAGGAUCUUCCCUCCUCUGUGAGGAGACGCCGUCGCUCGACUCUUCUAUAACUAUCCACCUUCAAACACACAAGAAGCCAUACUAAUGCAACGCAGCUUCACUGUGCUGUCGUUAACGUUUUUUUGUUUUGUUUUCAUCCUCCACUCACAUGUAGAAUUUGUGAUCGUGUUUGCUGCUUUUGUAUCUUCAGAGUGGCGCUCGCCUGGUCAUUUUAGUUUAAUUUCACGGUGAAGACUUCUCCCGAUGCCACACAGGAACCAGAUUUAAUCCAGUUUAGUCUUCGAUCUAGUGCCUUCGCUGUAGAGAAGGAGGGAGAAAGCAGCUCACGCAAACACAAAAAGCAGUUUCAAAGCAGUAUUGCAGCUUUAACUAAGAGCUCCCAUUGCUCUGAUGAGGAUUAUAAUAAAACUAGACACGGAUUAAAGGAUGAUAACUGCUUUUUAAUUUGACGUUUGGACUAAGUUGGGCUUGAUAAAUGGCUCAAGAGUUGGUAAGAACUUGGGCUUUGUUGUGCUAAGAGGGAGAUCAAAACACCAAAGUCCUGAGUUCAGAAUUAAAAUUGAAAAUAAGUCCUAUGCGCUUUACUUUUUCCGUCUCCAGAGUCUGCGUCUCUGUUAGGAAUCGCUGUCUAAUCAUUUGAGACCUGUGCAGGGCUCAGUCAACACAUAUUUGCUUGGCUAUACUGACAUCUAGUGGUAAGAGCUUCAUAUUACAGUCUGAAUAACUGCAGUCUGAUAAGUCAACAGCUACUUCUAUGUCCAUAAAAGUAUUUUCAGCUCAACAAAGAAAGAAAGGGAAAACAUGCACUGUUGUACUUUGAGCCUUUAGAUUGAAUAUUUGAUGGAGCGAGGGCGUAGCUCAUAGAACUGCACAUUCAGUUCUGCUUAUCUUCCAAAUGAGCUUUAAACUGACAGAUGGUGAGUCAUUAGAAAGUUCAGUCAACAACAGGAUCACUGCCUGAGCUGAUUUAUUUAUGCUGGCUGAGUGACGCUUGUGCAGGUUAUUUUCUCAGCAGGUUAAAGAACAUUUGCCCCAGGUGUCUCAGAGCAGGUAAAUCAGUCUGUAAGGGUUUCAGAAUCAGUGCUUUCUGUUUUUUUAACCGUUCUUGUUUCGUCAUCAGUUAUGCAUCUUCCAGCUUACCUGCAGUGUUGUUUUAUCCAUCUAGAUUUUUUUUGGUGCGAGUCCUCCAGUUUUGGAGAACAUGCAGUCAAGAGGAAAACAUCAUGGCUUUAUGUGCACUUCUUUCAGCACGUUUAAUGGGCACAGAUUGAUGGAAAGGAAAUACAUGAAACCACUCACAAGAAUGUUUGUAGAGUUUUGUGGAUUCGUAAAAGGUUUAUCCCCAAAAGUUGAUUCUGUUCAUCUGGACGUAGCGUUUUCAGUGGGAAAAAGGUUUCGUCACUCAUCCAAUUGGCUGCUUCAGUCUCAGCUCUCUGCAGGUUUCUCCAGUGUUAUAAACAGUACAUAAGAUUGGGGAAACCACAGUUAGCUGAGACUGAAGAAGCCACUUGGAUGAGUGACGAAACAUUUCCCCCACUGAAAACGCUACGUCCAGAUGAACAGAAUCAACUUUUGGGGAUUUACUUACUUGGAUGAUUGAGCAUGCAUCAAGACAUAAAAAACUUAGUUUUUAAAAGGUUGCCACAAUGUCUCCACCAUCUAUUCAAUAUUCAAGAAAGGGCAGAAAUCUCUACAGCCAAUAUCUACAAAAACAGUCAGCUAACAACAAAAUAAUCUAGAUGGAUGAAUAGCACUACAGCACUACUUCUCUCCCUUUAGAAGAGCCCAUUUUUCCUGAUUCAGUCCCCAAGCAUUCAGAAUUUUUUACUUCCUGCCACCUCAAAAUCGCCACUAUUCACAGUAAACACAAAAGAUGAAGCUUUGACAAACCAUACCACAGUCCUGUGUUUGCACGAUGCUAAACUCCCAGAUUUUUUUUAUUCUGUUUGGAAAAGUAAAGCCCACAAUGCUCAAGCCCCGGUUUUUACCAACACUGACAUAUCGUUUCUUAUUCUCUGAGCUGUGACCAAUCUCUUCAUGUUCUUUCUAUCACUGUACAGACGGCAGAGCUUACUGUUUGGUUUAGUUGGAGUGGCAUUUAUUACCCAUGUGAUGAUGUAUUAUUGUAAUUCUGCUGAUUGUGUUAAUUUAUUCUGUGCUAGAGAACGUAGGAAACAUUGGGAGCCGACCCCUAGGUGGCGCUGUGGGUUUUUAAUUGGAUUAGAGACAAAGACUGGCAGAGAGAAAGCUUCACAGCUGCGUGCUGGUCUGUGUUGGGCUUUAAAGACCUUUACAGAACAACAGAAAAAAGGGGCGAAGGAACCACCUGGGAAUCGAUGGGAAAACCUAUAGGGAGCCGCAUGAAUGUACCAUCCAAUGUGAAGCGAAGAAUAUUUUGUUUGUAUUUUUGUCUUUGUUCGCUUCAGUGUGCUUUGUUACGUUUGUUUUUUGGGUUAUUUGGGGGGUUGCUUUGUUUUGGGGUUUUGGGUUUUUUUUGGGUUUUCUGGUAUCUUGUGACGCCACAGGAAGUGGAAGCCAUGUGUGCAGACAGGAAAAAGUUUGAGAGCGAAAUAGAUGGAGAGCUGCUUAAUGUAGCUGUUUAUGUGGGAAAUGACCAAAUCUACCACAUGAGGCUUAUUUCUACACUGUAGGGACAUUUUUGUUUUUUUUCUCUGGAUGUGACAAAAAAAACAUAAGAAGAGUUAAAGACAUAAAGUGUUCAUUGUACAGUAGAGUGUUAGCACACUGUGCAGCUUUAAAUGAAAUCACAGAAACCAGUGAGAGCUGAUAACAGCACGGUUAAAAUAUGUAAACGUCCCUGUCUGAUGGCUGCUGAUCAAAGUAACAAAAUUCUGCUUCAUCCAUGUUUUGGGUUCAGUGGGACGGGCUCGCGAAUCUUCAUCCGACAAGUUUGGCAAUAGAAAUGUCACUUAAUUGAAACAGAGAAAGCCUCUAAUGAGGGAACAUGUGAUUAUUUUCUUCUGAUUUCUUGUUUUUAUUUUUAUUCUUUUUUAGGUGGCAUAAAAAAAAUGCAAACUACAGAAAAUUUGUACUUUACUGUUAGUAAAUGUUAAGAUACUGAACAGUGACAGUUAUCAGCUGGCUGGGUUUAAUUUGUAAUCGAUUACCUUGAUCUCUGCCGACUGCUGUGACAGGCUCCGACUACACGAUAUGUUAUAAUAUGUCAGAUUAGAUUAUAAAUUCAAAAUAUUAUUUUUUUACUAAUUGGCUAUGCCUACAGGCACGGAGGCCUAGAAAUUUGUCAGCUACCACCUAGAAACCUAGAAGCUUUGUAUUCCCUGAGUGGUUGGUGGAGACUGUAGACAGUGAUGAGGUGAAAUUGAUCGCCAUGGUUGCCUGUAGUUUUUAUGGAAGACACUGGCGUGUCUGCAAACACUCUUAAACUACUUUCUGCGCUCUAGUGAAACGGUGAAAAAGGGCAGCACAAACCAGAAACAUAGACCAUAAUUUCCCUUCAAAGUAGUAGAAGUUUUGAAACAUGAUGGCUCCAACUGUCAAGCUCGACUUUUAUUUUGAAAGAAAAUGUUCUCCGUUUUUGGGUUGAGUGACAUUUUUUUUUGCUAGCAAGUUUUUGCAGAUAGGUCAGUAUCUUCCGUGCAAACUAUGAGGAACUACAACAAUGUGCUAGUGACCAAAGAAAUCACAAGGAUGUUUUGUUUCACCCCAAGUCCGUUACGGCAGAUGGCUGCCCUUCCCUGAGCCCGGUUCAGCCGGGGUUUUCUUCCUGUUAAAAGGGAGUUUUUCCUUCCCACUGUUUCCAAGUGCUGGGUUUUCUCUGUAUUAGUUGUCUCUGUAUAAAAAAAAAAAAACUGAAUUAAAUUGAAUCCGGGGCACUAAUGUGAAUCAUUUCUUAGACAAUUAAUUCAAGUUUAUUUAUAUCGCACUAAAUGAUAACAACAGUCACCUUAAGGCACUUUAUACACUCAAAAGACUCUAAAACAUUAGAGCGAAAACUCCAACAAUCAAAGAAUCUCUUAUGAGCAAGCACUAGGUGACAGUGGAAAGGAAAAACUGCAUUUUAACAGGAAGAAACCUCCGGUAGAGCCAGGCUCUUUAAUGAUGCAGACUUUGGGAGAAAGAAGAUAAAAGUUAACGAUGUGUAGCAGUGGUAUCUAAAAACAUGGUGAGAAGAGGUCUGGGGACACAAAAUACUUCUUUUUGAAACCAGAGAGGUCGCCCCCUGAUGGCCAUUAGAAAGAAGGCGGGAUUAGCCUCACUUUUAAGGUCUUGGUGUUAUUUUUGUUUUUUACACUUUCUGCAGUCAGGACGUGGUGAGGCAUUCUUUCAUCCAUAAUGCUAGUUUUUGUUCCCGAGUUCAACUUCUCGCUGAUGUCGUGUAGUCUGAACCUGGCAUUGGUCAUUCACAUUGAUCCUGAUGGUUUUAGAUACUUUAUGUACUUGGCAUUUAAGACCUGCAGCUAACCGCCCGAGUAUUUUCUCUAUCACGUCAUUCCCUGAGAUGGUCAAGUUACAGUCUAACAUGUAAAUAUCUUCUUGAGGUCAAGAAUACCCUGUGACAGUCCUGAACCCACAAAAAUGUCCAGUGUGCAGUAAGAUAAAAUAGAGAAAAGAGUUAAGGCUACAUUUCAGCAUUAAGGUACUGAUAUCACUCUGAUGUGAUUUAAGUUAUUUAAAAUUUCUGAUGAUUUCUGUCCGGUUACAGAUCAAAACAUUUAAUGGUGUGUGGGUUGUACUUUCUUUUCUUUUUUUUUAAGCCUCAGGUAAAUAUGAUCGUUAAUAGAGAUUUGAAUGGGUGAGAUUUCCUGAUAUUUUCAGCAGUCAUUUGCAGCAUUUUGAGGAGUAAUCUCCCAACAGGGAAAUUUGCUUUCCAGGCAUUAGUUGAACGCAGUAUACAUAUGAUUAUAAAUGUUGUUGUUGUUGUUGUCGUCGAUUUUUAAGCCCUGUGUGCAGACUUUUAUUUUGAAAGUUUGUAUUCUUAGAAAAAUUUGACCUGUUUAGACUUAAAGGCCUGAGUCCCAGCUUUUUCUUCAAAAAAAUUUAAAUUUCUCUUGUGCUCGUGUCCACCUGGAUUUCUAUCAUUUUACCAUUUUUUUUCUCUCUCUCUUACUUGACACUGAACUGGUCGUUUCACUACCUGCAAAAGGAGAUCUGGAGAAUGUAUUUGGUUUCUGAUGUUUGCUUUAGCUUCACGUUGUGUGACAUCAGGCUUUUGUUCAUUCUCACAUGCAGACUUGAUUUUUUUUUUAUCUGUUGUUUUCAUGAUUAAGCUGAAAUGUCUUUGGUGAUUUUAUGAUUAUUGUGUUGACGGUCUGUUGCUUUCCAAUGCCUUUCUAUUAGUGAAUAUUAAAGGAGAAUUACACCAGUUUCAGGAAUUCAAACCAAAGUCAGUCAGUCCUCUUUGAAUAUACACCACUUUUCCUUAAACGUCUCAUACAGACCACACUGACAUUUGUUUUUCAUGGUGGUACACAACCACUAGAAAUGACUGGAACUCAAUCUGAAUUCCUGAAAAUGGUCGUCAAUCUCCUUUAAAGGGUUUAAACAUGUGAACCUCAGAAAUGUAUCUGUACAAAAUAUUGCUGAUAAUCUUUCCAUUGCACAUAGUUUACUUUGCAUUUAUAUGCAAUAUUUUAAUUUUGUGGGGAAAUCUGUUUUAUUGUGUUAAUAUUAUAAUUAUUGAGUAAAAAUGUAAAUAUUCCAUUCUGGCAAACUGGCCGCUCGACAUUUAUAUAAAAAUCUCCUGAGCUUAUGGAUUAAGAUGAUAUUAAUGAGCAGCAGACUUUUUAAUAAACUAUAUUUGUUACACUUCUAUUGUGAAUAAAAAAUCUUUUAAUAUGUGGUUUC